AUGACACCACUAUUACCAAACAUCUUGGACGUUGUUUUGCCACUAAAUGAAUCAAGACCAAAAAUAUACAGAUUAAAUCAUGUUGUUGACGAAAACUACCAUGUUAGUAAAAGUGAUCCAAUUAAGGACAGCAAGAUAUACGAAAGAAUGAUUAAGUGUAUUCAGCUACAUAAUGAUAUUCUUAAUUUUUCAGAAAACAUCGAGGUCUGUUUUUCUAAUUUAUUCUGUUUCAUCCUGGGCAUAACAAUGUUAUUGAUAGGUUUUCAAGGAGUUCAGAUUGCGUUAAAUAUAAAUAACAUACAAAUUGUUUUAAGGUUUGGGUCUCUGUUCUUGGCAAACAUUAUUCAUUUAUUUUUUACUUCUAUUCCUGGUCAAAUGUUAAUAGAUAAAAGUUCGAAAGUUUCUCAGUAUUGUUAUGAAAGCAAAUGGACUGACAUGACUGUUGAAACUCGAAAACUUUUAUUGUUUUGGAUGUUAAGGAGCUCACAUGAAUGCAAAAUAUCUGCUGGAGGAAUUUACGUAAUUUCUAUGGAGAACUUCUGCUCCGUUGUUAAGACAUCUUUUUCGUUUUUAAGUGUCCUGACUUCUACUCAGUAAUGGAGAAACUGUUACCGUUACAAACAUUUUUAAGUUGUUUAGCAAUACAGUAAAUGUUUCGUAAGACUGGGUAUUUCUCUCAUUGCGGGUAAAUUAGCUAACCAAGUUAUCUGCUUUAAAUUACCCUUAAACUAAAUUUUGAUAAUUCUAUGAACAAAGUCAGCAUUUUAACUUGGUAAUAAGAGUAUCAAAUUUUAUUUUAAAGUUAUCUUGAAGCACGUACCUUGGUGAGCGAAUUUACCCCCAAUGAGCGAAAUAACUCCGUCUUACGCUAGUUUAAAAAUCAUAGUAAAAAAUCAUUCAAUCUUUUUUGAAAGAAAUGAAACAAAAUUCACAACAUUAUUACGUAGACAUUUACUAAACUGUAAUUAGAUAAUAGAUAGAUUUGUUUUUAUUGUACAAUAUACUGUUAUGAAGUGUGCAAUGUUUCUAGUUUUGGAAGUACUCAUGUACGAAGAAACUUGUCGCGUCUAUUAUUAA